AUGUCGGCCCGCAACAUCGGAUCUACGCUCCAAGCUCUUUUAGACGGAGUCAAUCUCAAGAGAUGGGACGAAGCCAAGAAGUUCAUCCGAUCAACUGUGGUGUACAACGAACAUCAAGUGAGCAACGAAGACUUCGUCAGUCACCUCGCUGAAGAUGUAGAGAAGCGCAACAUCACUCAGUUCAGGGUCGACGGUGUCGCGAUUCACUCCGAUGGCAAGUCUCUCGGCGCUCGACGAAUCACCAGAACAGUUGACUCCGACGGAAAGCAACUCGAAGCUUGGGGCCUCGUGCUCUUCGUCUUCGACGAUGAAGAGAAAGUCUCACGGUACUACAGCAUUGAGGCUCCGAAGGCGCUUUUCCCGCCGGUGCCCAGUCUGCCGCCAAUCGAGCAAGAUGCUUCCUUCGGCCCCUUAUCAGCCAAAGAGAUGAGCGAUGCGUACCAUGUAUACAUCAACAGUUACAACGAGGGCACGAUGCCGACAGUCAUCCCGCAGAAGUGGGCCGAGACGGUUGUGAUGAACGGGAAGCCGCAAAGCCGGGACCUAGUUCCGCCCUUCCUUGAACGUGUUCUUCUACCGGCGAUUGCAGGACUCAAGUACAAGGUUGAGGAGAUGGUGACUGAUGUUGAGAAGCAGCAGGUGUUCGUCAGGCUCUCGCUCGAGGGGGUUCCCGAGAACAAGAAUUUUCAAAAGGGAGCGGAUGGGAAGGAGAAGAUCAAGCUGUACGAACAUGCCAUGUACGGGUUUCUCAACGGGAAAAUUGCUCGGGUUUGGGCAUCCCAGGGUUUUGACAUGGCUUUCUAA